GUCUCUCACGCUCUCUUUUCUCCUUCUCCUCCCUUUCCUUUCCCACCCCCAAGUCUGUCAAUCACUAUACAUUUAUUCCGGUCCCUACCGAGUACAUUCUUUACUUCACGUCACUCUUUACCUUCGGGGAGAACAACAAAAAAAAAAAACACAUCCAACCGCUAAUUUCAAUUCGCCAUUCUUUGGACAGAAACAACAAAUCUAGACAAAAUGCGUUUCUCCGUCGCUGCUGUUUUCGCCGCUGUGGCCGCUGGUGUCGUCGCCGAGGAAGUGAGCACUGUUAUCGUUACCGAAACCGCCACUUACUGCCCUAAAUCCACCGAUGCCAUCGGUGUCUCUCCCACCGAGUCUAUCAGCAUCCCUGCUGGUUACACCACUACUCGCCCUCUCAUCACCUCGACCGUGACUGAGUGCAACAAGUGCUCCAGCACUGCCCCUCCUGCUGGCACUCCCACUGGCGUCAACCCUGUCGGCAGCUCCACCCCCAGCUCCCCCGUUAUCCCCGUUGUCCCCGUCCCCAGCGUCCCCAGCAGCUCCAAGGCUACUCCUAGCCCUAGCAGCAGCUCCUCCAUCAUCAAGCGCCCUAGCAGCAGCAGCAUCGUCAUCUCCUCCACCCCUCUGGUUUCGACCACCCACCCGGCUUCCACCCACGCUCCUCCUGCUCCUUCUGCUUCCGGUCCCUCUGAUGUCUCCCCUACCGGCUCCGCUACCACCCCCGCUGUCCCUCUCUUCACGAGCGGUGGCUCUCGCGCGGCUGUUGGCGCCGGUGCCGGUCUUGCGACCGUCUUUGGUCUCGCUGCAGUUCUGCUGUAGACUGAUUUAAACUUCGACGGAUGGACGGAUUGAUUGCAUUUUCUCUAUUACCCCCUUUUCAGUCUUUAUUCUCGGCGUCCGUCGUCAUGAUUGCGAUCCAUAUGUCGCCUGCAUUCUCCGCAGGUGGGAACAUAUCGCAUAGAUGUACUUGACUAUGAUGACGGAGUUAUUAAAUUCUUUUUUGAACUGUUGUUGGAGUGUCUAGACCACUGUUUACUGGUGAU